UCCUGGCCGCCGCCUCUUUUUGAUCGCUUCCUAUCUUCCAAGGCCCAUUCUAGACGAGUAUCUAAGGACGCAGAGGCAGGGUUGAGCGACACUCGUCGUGGUUAGAGCUGUCCUUGCUCCGAGCCGCGGGGCGAUUGAGAUAGCCUCAGCCACUCAGUCAACCUCCCCGCACAAACCACGCAGAAAGCGUGGCGAUACAGUCCACCAUGGACCAGGUGAAGCCGCUGAAGCAGGUUUCCGAGGGCAUCCGCGAGCGGGAAACCUUUAGGUAUUACUCGUCUCUGCUCCGCGUCGCGAAGUUCAACAACACCGGCCGAUCGCUUCCGAGCUCUGAGCUGUCGACCUCGGACGACUCGAUCCUCACUGCCCUCGCCCAGCUCGGAACCUGCCAGACGGGGACCGAACGCGCCCUCGUAUCCCUCUUCGAUACCGACCGCCAAUACAUCAUCGCCGAAGCCACGCCCUCAAUAUCUCUGCGCCCAUCGCUCCGCAGCUCCGACUGCUGCAAGCCGCUCGGGUCAUGCGGUACCGCUAUUCCUCGCAGCCACGGCGCGUGCGAAAUACCGCUUCUCGGCACUCCCUCCGCGCAUGAUAUCACGGAAAACGAGGGCCAUGAUUCCACGCAGCUUCCACUCACCUUGUCGCAAGAUCUUACCACCGAUGCUCGAUUUUCUUCCAAACGCAACUGCCAGCCAGGCGGCGCGACCCGAUUCUACGCGGCAGUGCCGAUCCGAACCCGACGAGGCAUCAAUAUUGGCGUGUACUGUGUGAUGAAUUCGACGGCCGGGGGGAAAUGGACUGGCGAAUAUACCCGCCGGCUGCGGGAGAUAUCGCAAACCAUCAUGGAUCACCUCGAGUCGCAAAGACUGAAGGAGUCGAGCCGGCGAAGCGACCGCAUGAAUAAGGGCCUGGGAUCCUUCAUCGAGGGCAAGUCGGCUAUAUCUGAUACGCAACUCGGUCGUGGGGAUUUCUGGGAGCAGGAGGAUGCUCUCACUCCGACGAAACCAGCAUCACAGCACAGACAGGAGCCACAGACCAUGCAAGCGCACGCUGCGACAGCUGAAAUUCCGACAGAAUUUCCAGCAGAGCCGUCUCGAAAUGAAGAUAGCCCGUCGGCUCACUCGUCAACAUGGGAAGACAUGGGUCAUGAGUCGGGCGAUGAUGGGAAUCCGACAGCUAUCUUCUCAAAAGCCGCCAACAUCAUCCGGGAGUCGAUUGACGUCGAAGGCUGCCUAUUCCUUGAUGCCACAAUGAGCUCAUAUCGCCUCCUACGCACGGCACAUGGCACAGGUGAAACGCUGGACCAGUCCUCCUCGGGCAGCAGCCAUGAUGAACCUCUAGAUUCUGAUUCUGGCGAGGAACUCUGGCCUCGUUGUCAGUUACUUGGGUCUUCCACGUCGGAUUCGGUGAGCCUUGAACAAGGUGCUCCACGACAACCGAGCCCGAGGGUGGCGGAGCAGUUCCUUGCCAAACUCCUUCGGCGCUACCCAAAGGGCAAGAUUUUUAACUUCGGCGCCGACGGGGCACUGCAGUCUUCCGACUCAUCCGAAGACGAUGGCGCCUUUUUGUCAUCCUCUCUCGCCAGCCCGCCACCAUUACAGAAAGGCCCCGGAGAUUCGGCCUCGCUCUCAUCCCGGCCCAGGCGUUCGAGAGACCCCUGGGCUAGGCAGCGGGAGGGAAGCGUCCUCCUCAAGGCAUUCCCGGAGGCCCGGAGCGUGGCUUUCGUACCCAUUUGGGACCCGAGAAAGGAACGGUGGUACGCGGGAGGCUUCAUCUACACCAACUCUCCGAGCCGCAAUUUUUCCCUCCAAGGAGAGCUGAACUACCUGAUGGUAUUUGGGAUGCUUGCUAUCGCCGAGGUCCUUCGCUUUAAUACUCUACUCGAAAACAAAGCAAAGUCCGACGCUCUAGGGUCGCUCUCGCAUGAGCUACGCUCUCCUCUGCACGGAGUGUUGCUGAGUGCCGAGCUCUUGAUGGACACUGACCUCACCGUGUUUCAAGGCAACGCGGCUCAUACCAUCGAAACCUGCUCCCGAACACUCCUCGACACGAUAGACCACCUUCUAGACUAUUCUAAAAUCAACAGCUUCGCAAAAGGGAAUAAUGCCUUUAAGAGCGCCCUGGCGGCCCCGGUAGCUGGCGCCCCGGUAGAUUGGAGACACUUUGGCCAGAAGAGCUUGAUUUGCAACUCUCGGCUUGACGGGCUCGUCGAGGAGGUCAUGGAAAGUGUCUUCGCAGGCUUCCACUUCAAGCAUCUGUCUGCCCAGCCACUCUCUGACGGACGACCAAGAUCAAAAAGCAGCGACGUCAGAGCCAAUCAUCACUUGGACUUCCUACAGGCCAGAGAACAACUCGACCCCAGGCUGAUCAACAGUUCAGAGCUGCAGUUAAACUUCGGACAAGUGUCGAUAUUUUUCUCCGUCGAUCCAUCUCGUAACUGGUCUUAUUUAGUCCAGGUUGGAGCAUUUCGCCGAAUCAUCAUGAAUCUUUUUGGCAAUGCACUGAAAUACACGCACAAGGGCAGGAUCAAGGUAUCGCUUACGCAAGAAACAAUGUCACUAAGGCAACGUAAAAAGGAGAGCGUUGUCAAAGUGACAGUGCAAGACACGGGAAGGGGCAUUGGCGCCGACUUUCUCAAGCAGGGCCUCUUUAAACCCUUCAGUCAAGAAGACAACCUAGCGCCAGGAACAGGCUUAGGUCUCAGUCUGGUAAAGCAGAUUACGUCCCAGUUGGGCGGUCAAAUCUCGGUGGAGAGCCAGGUUGGUGUUGGGACUACUGUCUCAGUUGCACUCCCGCUCGAGCAGGUACCACAACAACCAGGGGAUGUCCAAUCUCUCUCAGAGGAGGACCAAGAAUUUGACGCGCGAGUCCGCGAUCUAAAAGGCCUACGAGUCCGAAUGAUGUACCCUGGCCAUGGUGAUGGAACGGAUCCCGACGGCCACAAAGACAAAUUGGAAGGCGUAUGCACUGGGUGGCUACGCAUGGAACUCGUGUCGGAUGCAGAAUGCGGAGCGGUGGCGCCGGAUCUCCUCAUUUGGUCACAGGAUGCGUUGCCAAAGAGUUCCAAGGAAAUCGAGGCGCUGUCUUCAACUCCCAACAUUGUCAUAUGUCCAAAUUCCCUGGAAGCCUAUGUUCAAUCUCACUCUUUCGAGGCAGCUGGCCACACCGGAAUCUUUGAGUUCCUUUCUCAACCUAUUGGCCCUCGCAAGCUUUCAAAGACACUACUUCUCGCGUAUAAGCGAUGGACAGGGCUACCGAAGUCUCGGGGUUCUGGCACAGCAAGUCCGCCGAUCUUGGUCAAACGGCCGGCUGGACCCAACAGAACGCCGAGUUCAUUUACCAUACCCGACGUUAGCAAAGUGGAGCUAGUGCGUGUGCCAUCGACGUCUGAGGGUGAAAUCCCGCCUAACAUGGAGGUCAAAGACGUUCCAACAGCCCCUCCUCCCGGAACCGAAACAUUGAUAAACGCAGAUUUGUGUGAAAGUCCCUCAGAUCUCGCGCUUCCCACACCCCGGACACAAUUCUUGCUUGUCGACGAUAAUCACAUCAACCUGAAGCUAUUAUCGGCGUUCAUGACUAAACUUGGCCACCAAUAUCAGACAGCGAUGAACGGAAAGGAAGCUGUCACUUGCUUCGUCAAAAACCCACGUUCAUACUCGUGCGUAUUGAUGGACAUAUCAAUGCCAGUCAUGGACGGCUUCGAGGCUACCAGGCGCAUUCGGGCUUAUGAGUGCCAAGAGGAGCUGCAACCUGUGUCCAUUAUUGCGCUCUCCGGCCUAGCCUCGGAGGACGCGCAGCGAGAGGCGUUUGGCAGUGGGAUGGAUUUAUUCCUCUCCAAGCCGGUGAAACUAAAAUCUCUGGGGGCGUUACUUGAAUCGAAGAGUCUUUUGAACGAUGAUUUCUACAAUGAGGCUCCGGGCCCAAAUACACGUGAGGGCCAUCUGGAGGGGAAAUACAUGGAAAAUAGACAUCACGGCGAACCCCAUAGAAGUGAUGUCGAGAAUCGUACAUCCUAAAUCAUGAUAAUUACUAGCCAUGAAUUCAAAACUACCUUCUGAUCUUCUCUAGGCUCUCUGUAUCACAAUCCAUUGUGAAGGCCAGACUCGAAAACCUUCCAAAAUGCACCCGAGAUUUAUAUAACGUUUUAACCGUGAGCCUCAAUUUUUCUUUGAAUUGGUCACCGCUCGCCCCAGGUAUGCCAAAGUCGCUGGCUCUCGUACAUCAUAGAUAAACGCCGCAAUUUAGUCGCCGCAAUUUAGUCGCCGCCUUCGUUGGCGCCACAGUCAAAG